AAGGUUAUUUUUGUUUCAUUUCAUUUUUCACGCGCUUUCGCUGUGCUUUUUUUCAUUACAACGUAAUCAUCGCCGUUUCCAGCGGGAGUCGAGUUUCCCUUUUGAACACCGAUUGUUUCUAGAAUAAGUAGGGAGGGAAGGAUUCGACCGUUUUGGGCGUCAGGGGAAGCAUAAGCAUACAUUGCGUUGAGACUCUUGAGGAUUCAGUGAAGUGAAGGGUUUGGAUUUGGGGUUUGGUGAUCGAUAGGUGCGACGAAAUCAAUGGCUCAGAUUAAUCCAAAGCAGAGUUUGAAUGAAGCAAUCAACGGUGGUGGUUCACAUUCGAGGUCUCUAUCUCAGCCCACCUUCUUCGGCAGCCAUGGAUUGCCCCCAUUGAGCCCCCAUACCCUGUCCGACCAAUUGUUGUCUCUGUCGAAAUCCAAUCCCAAUUCGAAGAGCUUGUCAAUGGAGGAAAUGGAUGUUACUUUUCGAGGUUGUAGUAACGGCCUUCCGCCGCGCCGCGGCCAUCGACGAACUAACAGCGACGUAGCCUUAGGAUUCUCUGCAAUGAUUCAGUCUCCAUCUCAGUUGUUAAUGUCGGGACAAGGAUUUUACACGCCUGAGGUAAAGCCGGAGGGCGAGGUUGUCGAUGAAUUGCUCGAUUCACUAAUUAAUGUCAAUGCGAUGAACGUUUGCGACGGUAAGGAUAAGGACAGCGUCAGCAGUGGUUCAAAAAUGAGCUGCGGCGACGGAGGCAGCAAUUCCGACUCGGAGACUGCGUCGAGGAACUGCGCGAGUGCGAAUUCUCGGGAGGGUGUUAAAAGGGCUGCUGACGGGGAUAUUACGCCGCCGCCGCCGCUGUUUCGUCAUUCCCGGAGCCUUUCGAUGGACAGCGGGAUUGGGAAAUUGCUUUUCGAGCCGAACGGGCCGAGCAAUUUGUUGAAUGAAAACUCGGGUAUGAUCCAGUCGGACGGGUUUAGCGACGCUGAGAUGAAGAAAAUCAUGAUGGAUGAGAGGCUUGCGGUUAUCGCCAUGUCGGACCCGAAACGAGUGAAGAGGAUAUUGGCGAAUCGGCAAUCGGCUGCGAGGUCUAAGGAGCGGAAGCUGCGAUAUAUAUCGGAAUUAGAACAUAAAGUGCAGACUCUACAAUCGGAAGCCACCAAUUUGUCAGCGCAAAUCACAACUAUACAGAACAAGCGCACCGAUUUGGUUCAUGAGAACAAGGAGCUAAAACUACGCUUUCACGCUAUGGAGCAGCAAUCGCGUCUCCAAGAUGCACUGCACGAGACGUUGCUGUCUGAAGUUCAGCGGCUAAAGAUUGCUAACAUGGAGCUUUUAGAAGACGGUCGAGCAUCUAUAGCGAUGGCGAGGUAUGCAAGCAUCAAGCAUCAAAUGAUCUCGAAUUUGGACGAGAAGCGCCAUCCUAAUCAGCAGCAGCAGUCGGGGACAACGUCCGAAUCAUCGGGGACAACCUCUGCAGCUGCGCCUGCCUAGACAUAACGAGUAUCUAUCUAUUGGUUUGGUAAUGUUCGGACAAGACACUCCAAUCCGUCAUCAUAUAUAGUCGUCGCUCUUUCGGCCGGUAGAGUAUCUAUCUAUCUAUCUAUCAUUUAAAUUGCAUUACAUAUGAGUAAAAAGUUACUACAUGGAUCAUACAUUGGAUUUGUUCAUUAGUAGGUAUAUAAAGAAAGGGUAAAAAACUACAUAUAGGUUGAAUAUAGGUUGAAUUUGCAGGAAGAAACUUUCUUUGUGUUUAUUAUGUUGUGAUGUUUGUUUGUUUGUUUAGAACAUGAACCAUUCUUUUCUUACAUGAUUUUACCAUCA